AUGGGCGUUCUGGCCGCGCUGCAGGUUGCUUCCUCAAUCCUUGCCUUCUGUUACGACGUGCGAUCAGGGAUGAAGAAGAUCACUUGGUCGUUGAUACAGAUAAUUGAGGAAGUCCGCGAUGUUCGAAACCUCAUCGAAGCAGUUCAGUCAGUCCUCGAUCAGGGAAACUUAGUUGAAUCCCCAGUGCCUGACCACGGCGAUACUUCACUCGAGCUAUCCGCGAAAAUAAAGCCUGCGCUUGCAACUUGCUUAUCUCAACUCCAGGCCCUCGAAGCUCGAAUUAAGCCCGAGCUGAUUCCCAAUCUCUUGGACUCAAAGACAAAGGCUUUAGUGAACUCGAUAUCGUGGAAGCUAAAGCUCAACGACACGAAAGAGUCCAUUGCCAAUUUGCAGCGCUGCAAAGAAGGCUUGCAACUAGCCAUAACUUCUCACAACGCAGUGACACUGCGCAAUGUUGAGCGACUCACCAUUUCGCUGGACUACAAGAUGAAUGACUCUCGAGAGCAGCUUGAACGUAUAGAUAGCAAUCUGAGCACAGCAAUACUAGACGAGCAACAGAAGGCAGUGGUUGACUGGCUUUCUCCCCUAAGACCGGGCCAAGCUCACGAUAGAGCUCUAAAAUCCCACCAAAAUGGGACUUCGGGUUGGCUUCUCGUUGGUCAAGAGUUUCAGGAGUGGUUGAAAGGCGACGUCAACUUACUGUGGCUGACUGGACCACCCGGUUGUGGGAAAACGGUCAUGAUAGGUCAGGCCAUCGACUCAGUUGCCGCGCUGGAACAACAAGACUGUCUUUCCGCCUUUGCCUACUGUGACUUUCGUGUCCCUGAUACACAGAUCUUGACCAAUGUAUUAGGAACAAUGCUAGCACAGCUGUGCGCUCAACUGCAUGACUUCCCCAAAGUUUUGUCGAGCGCACAUAAGGCCAGCAUAAAACAAAACUUCGGAUACCCUCCGACUGUCGAGCUGCUAAGUGGCACCAUCGCGUCUAUCGCUGCUACAAAGAGGGUUUACCUCUUUAUUGAUGCCGUUGAUGAAGUCUCGGAUUGUAAGGCAGUAGCGGAGCAUUUGGCCAGCUUAAUCGAUCUCACAACAGCGAUAAAGAUCUUUGCGACAAGCCGCAACGACGUACAGAUUCAACGGGCAUUUUCCAGCGCCCGACGCAUCUCCAUGGAAGAGCACUCAUCAGAUACUGACGAAGACAUACAGAGAUACGUCAGUUCACGACUCGAAUACGACGCUGACCUGAGUUGGCUAUCUUCGGGCUUAAGAGAGAGCAUUCAGAUAUCACUCUUAUCAAGGUCCUGUGGGAUAUUCCAAUGGGCAGCAUGUCAGCUCGACUCUUUGAGUCAGUGUAGAACCAUCCGAGACAUCAAGAAGUCUCUGCAAAAGCUUCCAAAUGGGCUAGAUGAGACUUAUAGCCGAUCCCUACUGAAAGUGCCGCCUUCAGACAUCCCUCUCAUCCAGAAGACCUUGACUUGGCUUGCGUUCUCACCGGUACCCAUCACUCUACAUGAGCUAUGGGAGGCACUGGCCAUCGAGAAAGGGACCGAUGUCAUUGACGACGAAUCACGCCUUCGAAGUCCGCAAGACAUCUUGGUGAUUGGGAAAAGCCUCAUCACCGUCUCAACUGACGGUCAUGUGAUGCUUUCUCAUCUCUCAGUUCGAGACUAUCUCGUCUCUGCUGAGAUAGUCGAAGUCCCGGAAACCGCAAAAUUUUCCCUUCGUUCAGGUUCAAGCCAUCGAGAGCUAGCUCAGGACUGCCUUACCUACCUGUUGCUAUCGCCCUUUUCUGAUGGUCCCUCUAGUACCCAGAAGGAGUACCUGUCUCGACUGAAGCAGUUCCCACUUCUCAAGUACGCAACCAAAUACUGGUUCUACCAUGCUCGCAACGCAGACUACAGUGAAGAGACCCAGGAACUGGCCAUGCGGCUCUUCUCGGAAUCUGAUCGGCAAAACUUCAUGUCUUGGGUCCAGGUCUUUAACGCAGAUGCCUCAUUCAAGUGGGACGUGUAUCCGCGACACGCUACAUCACUCUACUAUGCUUCGUCUAUAGGUCUAGAUGAGGUGGUGGAGUCUUUGCUUCAGUCGGCAACACCCGAAAUGAUCAAUGCACCGGGCAGCCGCUUUGGAGGAACGGCCCUACAUGCUGCAGCCAUAAGGGAACACAUCACAAUCAUCAAACGCCUCAUACUUGCGGGCGCUGAACCAGGCAAGCAGGACUUCAACGGUGUAUCGCCGUUACAUAGCGCUGCGAGUCAGGGCAGUAUUGAUGUGGUCAAGGUGUUGUUGAGCAACGGGGCUCCGAUCGAUGUGAAGGAUGGAAUGGAUGGAACUACUCCACUUGAUUGGGCACGUUUAAGUGGUCACGAAGAUGUCGCGAACCUUCUGCUAAAAGGCCUGGAAGAGUGCUCUCCGUCACGUCCUUCUUCGCUGGGAUCACCUUCUAGUACACAGGGAUCUCGCACAACCCAAUUUUCUCACAGGACCGAAGAACCGCAGGUUGGGAUCUGGCAGCCCGGCGUGGGUUUCUUUCCAGACUACUACGAAAAGCGCUCCGGACUAGAGUCUUCGCUUGUCCUGAGUAUAAGCAUUGGAGAAGAGGCAUCGCAAGUCGAUGGCGAGUUCUUACAAUCUCUGGAGAAGACUGAGGAACCAAAUCCAGUUUGGUAA